AUGGCGCAGUCAGGCUCGAGCGUGUCACCACUCCCACAGGCGACGACGGCAACAUUAGAGCACAGGCGAACGCGCACUCUAGAGGUACCCAAGAAGCGCAAGGCAGACGCGGCGGACUCGCCGUCGGCCGACUCCCAGAGCGCGAAGCAUCAACGGCGGUUAGAGCUCCAGAAUGCAGCGGAUUCGUCGUCGGAUGCAACCGACGCCGGUUCUUGCCCGUCAAUAUUCGGCGUUCACCUCGUCAUGGACCUGUGCGACGGUGGCGAACUCUUCGACGAAGUCGUGCGACGCGGCAGGUUACCAGAGAAAGAAGCUGCUCUUAUCUUUCGCCAAAUCGCCAGCGCCGUUGCAUUCUGCCACUCCAAAGGCGUCAUGCACCGCGACCUCAAACCGGAGAACAUUCUCUUGUCGAAACAGAACAUAUCGGGUACAGACGUAACCUGCGCGAAACUCGCGGAUUUCGGCCUCGCAAUCGGACUUACGCAGGGAGAGCGAGCGUACGGCGCAGCGGGUUCGCCGUUCUACAUGGCGCCGGAGGUAUUGACAGGCGAGUACGGGGUGGAGGCGGACGUGUGGUCGCUGGGCGUGGUGCUGUACGUGCUGCUGAGCGGCAGCCCGCCGUUUUGGGGUGCGGACGACAACGGCGUGUUUCGCGCCGUGCUGGAGGCGCCGCUGGACCUGACGAGCGGCGCGUGGGCGGGGGUGUCGGCGGAGGCCAAGGGGCUGCUCCGCUGCAUGCUGCACCGCGACCCGCGCCGACGCCCCUCCUCCGCCAAGCUGCUCUCCCACCCCUGGAUCCUCGUCCACGCCUUCGGCGGCCGCGUCGUGCGCCGCGUCCUCUCCGCGCCCGCGCUCCAACAGCGCCGCAUCGCGGGGGGCGCUGCUGCGGCGGCGACAGGGGGCGUGGUGCCGACGUCCGCGUGA